AUGUUGUUUACCCUGCAGUUAAUCCCUGAUCUGAUCAUUCUAAUUUGCUAUUACAAGGCUGUUUCUCAGGUGAUCUAA